UCAACUUCCUCAUUUGUGACUGGUUAGCUAGGAACUGAGUUGGAUGUCCUUGGGCUUCCGUCUUCAUGUGCUUUGUCUUCAUUGCAGUUAUCUCCUUCAGAAUGGAAGUCUUUUCUGCCUUGUUCGUGCAGUAACGAUGUGGCUUCUAGAAUAUUGGCAGGAAGUACUUGGCUGUGGUUGAGCAUCCGCUGGCAGGAUUUGGCACUCAGUCAUAGCUUUCACCUCAGUCAUCGCAGGGCAGAUAUCAUCACUGGGGUCCAACCACUUUUGCUCUUGACAGAACGCUCUGGAGGUCAGGAUUGAGGUGAAGUAGGACAAGGAGUGAAAGCAACCGCCUGAGGAGCAAUUCCCGAGCAGCACUUUCGUUUUAGCUGCCAGAGACAUCAUCAACCAGAGGAGAAAGCCCAAGACCCAUGCAGAGAAGCCUGAAACCUAAGAGGAACUGCUGAAGAACAGUCUUUAAGAGCCAUGCUCUGUGUGUGAGUGGAGCCUUUUUGGCACGCUGGCGGACGUUUCAGCCCGCGGGAUGGUGAGGGUCAACGGGGCUGGUGGCGGCCGGAGGGGAGGGGUGCCCUGGAUGGUGGCACUGCUGGCCCUGGCGGCGGUCACCUCGUCGUCACUGUCGGCCCUGUCACUGUACCGCGUGCUGGCACUGCAGGCGGAGGUGGAGGGGCUGCGCUCGGAGGUGAACCGACGCCGAGAGGAGCGCUGGGGUGCGCCAGGAGAGGCUCAGCAGCAGAGGCCGGCGGAUGACAACUGGACCCAGACAGAGCAGCAGAGGCAGCUUGAUGCCACAAGUGAAACUGUGACUGACAAGCCUGAAAGACAUGCAAAGAGAAGUACCGGAGAAGAACAGGCAGUAUUGCAGCCUUGUUUGCAGAUGUUGGCAGAUAACAAGAGAGCAACCUUUCAGAAGGAGUUCGCCCUGGUGACACACACAGGCAUCCCCUGGCAGACAGGCCUGAGACGGGGCACCGCCCUGGAGCUCCGUGAGGACAUCAUCCAGGUCAACGAAGAAGGCUUCUUCUUCAUCUACAGCCAGGUACACUACACUGACCCUUUGUAUGCUAUGGGACACAUCAUCAUACGCAUGAAAAAGAACGUGGUGGGGGAUGAGCGUCAGCAUGUCAUCCUCUUCCGCUGCAUCCAGAACAUGAACAAGGUCUAUCCCUCCAACACCUGCUACACGGGAGGCAUAGCCAAACUAGAGGUGGGGGACAAGGUGGAAUUGCUCAUCCCACGACCAAAUGCCAAUGUGUCCCUGGAUGGGGACUUUACCUUCCUUGGAGCCAUCAAGUUGGCCUAAGCAGUAAGACUGGGACUAGAGGAUUUGCACACAGUGCCAAUUUCCACAGACUUUGUAUCUUGGUGACACUACACUUUCAUAUCAAAGACAUAGAAGAAAAAGAUGCUGGAGGUAACAAAUGUACCAGUCUUUGGCCCAUUCUGUAGUUACUUAUUCAGUGAGUAUCACUCAGGCUUUUGGGGAAAGUGGGAAAGGAGUCUUGACAGACCUUAUCAGCACAUAGACCAAUCCUUUGUCCAAGUCUUUGGACUUUCAGACCAGAAGAAAAAGGGACAGUAAUGAAUCCAACAUGAAAGCAGCAUUAACUGCAUGAGAGGCAUGGGAAACGUCCCCUAGUUUCCAGUUGCUCUUCCCUUGCUACUGAUAACUGAUACCCAUGGUGGACAGUAUAUCCUAAUGGCUUUUAUAUGCAGGAACAGGAAAAAGAUAAGGUUGAAUACACACACACAAGAAAACAGGACACAUGAACUGCCGUGGAUGGGAACACUGUCGAUUUCUUUGGUGUGAUCCAAGCUGAAAGUACUCCAUUUUGUAGUGCAAUAAAUACAUUUGCACAUCUGUACAGGCAAAGCAAUAUUGUCAUGUGGACAAGACAAGAACAUUGCUGUCUGUUGUAUUACUUGUUGAUAAGUCAUUCAUGUGUUCAAUGUCUUGGAGGAUCUGAUUGCAGUGUGUACAGUGUUUACUGUACAGUGUGUACAGUCUUCACUGUGCUUGCCAUGGCAACAGUUGCCACAGUUAAACAAACAACAGGCAUCAAUUUUGGCGCAUGAAAAAAAACAGGCUAACUGCAGUCUCUGCAUCACUCGACUUGCUAAUACAGUUAAUGCUACUACAAACAGGAAGUCUUGACACUUGAUCAGCAUUUUGACAUUUUCUCACUUCAUUAGCAUUUCAGUGUAUUAUUUGGGAAGAAGAGAUACGGACAGAAAGCUGUAUUUCUAACUGACGGUCUCUUUUUUUUUUUUUGGGUGCACAGUAUUUUAUCACUGUUAUUCAUCCAUCUAUCUGUUCCAUAUUUGCUUUGUGCUUAGCCAUACAUACACUCUCUCUGCUUGUAGCUUACCUUGAAUAACAUUACCAGUGUGACCAGUAUCUAAAGCAAUGUGUAUCUUACACAAAGUUAUUUUACUGGAGGUUUUUCUCUUACAUUUUGUUUGGUAAAGAUUCAAAUGUUGUCAUUUAUUUGUCCCAGUAGAUGGCAGCAUAUUCACACAGGUUUGCGGCCAUGAUUCUAUUCCCUUUGCCUCAGAAUCCUUCAGCAACACAUCAAGUAAUACUGCCUGUGCUCAGUCUUUUGUGAAUAGUGAUGUCAAAUAAAACUACAUACACACCAGCUUC